CUGACUUGAGAUCAGAAGAUGAGUGAGAUGGAGGAAGAGGAGGACGGAGCAGAGUCUCUGGGAUCCGGCUGUCUGUCGAUGAAGAGCGACCGCUCCAAAGAACAUCCUCUUCUCUUCAGGAAGGAACCUGGACCCUCAGACUCAAAAAAGAGGAAGAUGAGUGACGUCUCUGAGGAGGAGCAGCCGACUAAAUCCAGAACCAGAGCUGGUCUGCAGACAGCCAGUCAGACCUGCACCGUACAAAUGAAUGGUAUUCAGCUUGAACAUAAGAUCAGUGUGAAGAGGGCAUGUGAACGUGUUUCUGAAGGACCUGGUGAAACAGGAAGUGGAACAUCUCUCAACAGGAUCUACACUUCGCUCUACAUCAUAGACGGAUGGAGUGAAGAGGUCAACACCCAACAUGAGGUUCGGCAGCUGGAGAUAGAUUCCAAGAUGGAGAUCCUCCAUGAAACUCCAAUCAAGUGCAGCGACAUCUUCAAAGCCUUACCUGACCAACAGAAGCGCAUCAGAGUCGUCCUGAUGAUUGGCGUCGCUGGCGUUGGAAAAACCUUCUCAGUGCAGAAGUUCUCUCUGGACUGGGCCGAGGGUUUGGAAAACCAAGAUAUCAGUCUGGUGAUUCCUCUUUCGUUCAGGGAGCUGAACCUGAUCAGAGAUGAGCAGUACAGUCUUCUGGAGCUGCUCCAUGUUUUUCAUCCAGCGUUGCAGAAGGUCCCAGCAGACCAGAUCCUGUCCUAUCAAUAA